CCUGCGCGGCGGCCGCUGCUGCACCCGCGGCCGCCGCCACUGCCGGGAGCUCGAUGGGCUUCUCCUGCGCGCCGCCCGGUGUCUGGCCGAGUCCAGAGAGCCGCGGCGCCUCGUUCCGAGGAGCCAUCGCCGCAGCCCGAGGCCGGGUCCCGGGUUGGGGACUGCAGGGGAAGGCAGCGGCGGCGGCGGCGGGAGCCCCACCGGGGUCUGGGACUGGGGAACUGCCUCCGGCUUCACGAUGCCAGUAUGGACAGAAUAGCUUAUGAUGCUUAUCCCCACCCACCACUUCCGAGACAUUGAGCGGAAACCAGAAUACCUCCAGCCGGAGAAGUGUGUCCCACCCCCCUACCCUGGUCCUGUGGGAACCAUGUGGUUUAUCCGUGACGGCUGUGGCAUCGCCUGUGCCAUUGUUACUUGGUUUCUGGUCCUCUAUGCGGAGUUUGUGGUCCUCUUUGUCAUGCUGAUUCCAUCUCGAGACUACGUCUAUAGCAUCAUCAACGGAACUGUGUUCAACCUGCUGGCCUUCUUGGCCCUGGCCUCCCACUGCCGGGCCAUGCUGACGGACCCCGUGAGAACCUGCACGGAAAUGGCCUUCACUUUGCUUGGGCGAGGUGCAUCUUUUCCUGAAAAGCUGGACAAGCCUGUUUCAGGCCGCAGCAAGUGCCUCUUGGGGGCAGUGCCCAAAGGAAAUGCCACUAAAGAAUUCAUCGAGAGUUUACAGUUGAAGCCUGGGCAGGUGGUGUACAAGUGUCCCAAAUGCUGCAGCAUCAAGCCCGACCGAGCCCACCACUGCAGUGUUUGUAAGCGGUGCAUUCGGAAGAUGGACCACCACUGUCCCUGGGUCAACAACUGUGUAGGCGAGAACAACCAGAAGUACUUCGUCCUGUUUACAAUGUACAUAGCUCUCAUUUCCUUGCACGCCCUCAUCAUGGUGGGAUUCCACUUCCUGCAUUGCUUUGAAGAAGAUUGGACAACCUAUGGACUGAACAGGGAAGAAAUGGCAGGGGCUGGAAUCUCUCUUCAUGAAAAAAUGCAGCCCCUUAACAUCAGUUCGACAGAGUGCAGCUCCUUCUCUCCACCCACCACGGUGAUUCUUCUCAUCCUGCUGUGCUUUGAGGGCCUGCUCUUCCUUAUUUUCACAUCAGUGAUGUUUGGGACCCAGGUGCACUCCAUCUGCACAGAUGAGACGGGCAUUGAGCGCCUCAAACGAAAGAACCAGCCCAGGGAGCACACGGGGAGCUGGCAGUCAGUAAAGGAGACCUUUGGUGGGGACUUCUCCCUGAACUGGUUCAACCCCUUCUCCAGACCGUGUCAGCCAGAGAUCCCCAGUGACAAAGACAUGGUGCGGCAGGUGACAUCGCUGUCAGACACCGAAACAAUGGAGGAUCCAUCAGAGGAGAGAAAGGACGAGGACUCUGUGGAGGUGAUAGAUGAAUAGAUGCUGCUGUGGGGAGAGAAGCAGACACUAAAAAGUGCUGUCAACCUUCGUCCUGGGGUUUUGGCUAAAGGGGCUCAUGGGCAUGGUGCGCUCCCAGCACCCCCAGCGCUUCCGUGAGCCACUCGCUUGGCCUUGCCAUUUCCUGUAACCCCCUCCUUCCUCUCUCCAUGUUGGGCCAGGUCUGGGGGUCGGGAGUAGGCUGGGGACAUCAGAGGAGGAUGGGAGCUUUCUCAGAGUUCAUCUAAGAAGAGUCUGCACUGAGAGGGCUCAUCAAAAACCGUUCUUCAAGACUGGGUGGCUUUCACAUUCUCCGCCCAGCAAAGGGAGCUUUUGAACAGGGCAUCCCAGGGGUAGAAAAGAGCUUGCCUUUGGCUUUCCUCAGGAUUUCUGUCUUCUCUUGGGAAGGCUGGGGCCCUGGCUUCUGGCUUUGAGAAGUAACGUUGUGACAGAGGGACCAGGCAGGGCUUGCCUUGGGGACCUGGGUUGGGAUACUGACAUCAGGGGAGACUAGCCUGGAAAGACUGCAGAGCUGCCAGCCACUCCCUGGAAAGGGCUUCCCCAUGCUGCCUGCUGAAAUUAGGAGGUAGAGGUGGCUGCCACAUCUACCUGCAAGGGCCAGGCAUGGUUCAAAGAGGACCCUGCAUUAAGCUUUACACACACAUGUGCAGGACAUGCCCAGCAUGGACAGAGCCAGAGUUAAGACAGUAGCACUGAAAAUGAGCCCCCAUUCCACAGACACUGGAGUCUUCACUGAGCGAGACAGCUGGGAGCUGUCCUGCCUGUGGCUACAUAUCUAGCCAUUCACAGAUGUGGAUACGGGAAAGACCUCUUUGGAGCUACUGGGGACUCUCUAACCACUCCCAUGAGAACUUAAUUGAACGUUACCUCUUGGAGGGAGUCUAAUAACACACGUAGGUAGAACUGACCAUAAGCCCUACCUGUGUGUUUGAGGCCAGUUCUCCCAAAUUGGUGCCCAUCUUGUCUCUCUGAAAAGAUGAGUGAUGACCAAGGCCUGCUGAUUGAUAAAUCAGAUGAAUCAGGAAGAUAGACAAACACACACACACACACACACACACACACACACACACACACACACACGCCCUACCAGGAUGAGUCUUCCCUCCAUUCACCCCAUUUGAAGCCUGUGGUGUCUGUGGCCACUGCUGAAGGUCUGAGCAGCGUUCUGGUGCUCCUAAUCCCCAUUCCAGUGGUUGCUGAAGGAGCAUCUUCUGCACAAAGCCCAACAGAAGGGUUCUUAUCCCCGUUUGGUAUAAGAAGUGGAUUCACCACCCACUCCCUCCACAUGCCUUUGUUCCUCUCUUUGGCCCAUUUCCCCAACGUCUACUGGCGUCAGGAUUGGCAGGGGCACAGGCACUCAGCAGAGCAUGCCCCUGCAAGGCCUCAGUGUCAGGGCCCCCCUUCCAGCUCCAGGCAAAAGGGCAUGAGUCCUGGCCCCAAGGGGCCUGUGGCUCCAGUUCAGAGGAGAAGGUCAGUGUUUGGAGGUGCAGCCUCAGGACGCUGAGAAAGGAAACUGGCGACCAUGAGAAAGAAAAGAGCCAAGCAGCAUCCUGGUUCUUGGACAGCAUCCUUGGACACCGUGAAGGGCGACCGAUCCUGCCAGAGACCGUCUUUCUACAACUGAUGACCCACUAGGGGCUGGGGUUAAUUGCUCAAAGGGCCCAGUGUUCACAAAGCCACCUCUGCCCUAACCCUUGCUUAGAGCUCUCCAAGUAUGACCCACGAGAGGGGUGAUGGUGGGAUUCUAACAUCAACAGAGCAACCAGAAAGACAUUGGGCCUCCCACACUCAGGCUGCAAGUCCACUUUCUUGGUUCUUAUCAGCUUUAAUAUUUAUUAAUGAUGACGUAGGAGCCCGAGUCAGCUGUAAAGGCCAUUAACUUGCAAUCUGGACAGGAAGUUGACACUCACCACUUUGGGUAAGAGCUGCUCUGACUGUAGGGCCCCCCUAUUUGUUGUCCUAACCCAGAAGCAGCUCUGGGCUGUCAGGAUGGUGGAUGGAAUACCAAAGAGUUCACACUAGGGAGGAAGCAAUGCCUGCCCCCUGGAGUCUCCUAGGGGGCAGCAGUUAGAAUAAGGGAAGAGGAUUUGCUGGUCACUGUUUGCUGACAUGGGUCUCUAUGGUGAGUUCAGGCCUGAGGACAGGGCUGUGUGCAAAACCACAUGGCCCUUGAGAAAUGUCCUUCCACAUUGGGCUUCAAACUGCUUGGAGCACCAGGAGAGGGACUUCCUGGAUUUCAGGGAUAGAGAGAGGAGAAUGGAGGCAAUAGGAGGAGAAUGCACUUCUAGCAGGCCCAUCCCAGUGCUGAGAGAGCACUCCAAUUGACAGGUGCCUUCAUGGCGGGCGAACCCAUGGCCUGAAGAUAUGGCAGCUUCUCAAGGGGCGUCAGCAGGUGGCAGCGCUGGGCUGCCCAUAGUCUGCUGCUCCAGGGAGAGAAUCUGUGGCUUUGAAGUCUAUGGAUUUGAAUUGAGACAAUGGUGGCCCUGAUUUUUGAGGCCAUGACUCAGGAAAGGGAUGGGAUUCUGUGGCCUAGGCUGGUGUUUCUAACUGUAAAAGAGGUGAUCCUGUGAUAGCACAGGACCUGGCCUUGUGGGUCUGGCUGCUUAUGGUUGUGUUGGCCUUUUGGACCUGCUGGCUCUUGAAUCUGCCCUCAUAUAAGUCAUCAAAUUUAAUCAUCCAUAAUCUGAAAGCUAAGCACAAAGUAGGAAAUGCUGAAAUCUCAACUAACGCUCCGCAGCAUCAGACAAGGCUACUUGGUGAUGAGAACAAUCUUCUGAGCAUUAAUCUCUUUCACGUGUUUGGAACUUAACUUGACAAUAAAUUUCUUGGGUCCAGUUUUUA